AGACCCAGCCAGUCACAUAGUCGAUGACGUAGCCGCGCGUGCGCAUUAGUAUGCGACCUGUUUACUUCACCAUCUCUCAACACCGCUCAAUGUGUGGUGUAGAGCUUGCUGAUCACGCCAGCGGAUAUUCCGCCAUCGUCGUCACCUCGUUCACUCGCACUCUCCGCCAUUUUCCUCCGUCGGUGGUGUGUGCGGAUACAGUCCCGAGCAGAGUGACCAUUUCAUUGCAAUCUGUCGGAGAGGAUCCCACUGUGUUUUAUCACGAAGAUCAAGGACGCGUAACAUUCGGAAGGGAAGAAUGAGCUACGGCAGGCCGCCGCCCCGCAUCGACGGGAUGGUUUCUCUGAAGGUCGACAAUCUCACGUACAGAACGACGCCGGAAGACCUGAGACGCGUGUUCGAGCGAUGCGGCGAGGUCGGCGACAUUUACAUCCCCAGGGACCGCUUCACGCGUGAGAGCCGUGGCUUCGCGUUCGUCAGAUUUUAUGACAAGCGCGACGCCGAGGACGCAUUAGAUGCCAUGGACGGACGGCUGUUGGAUGGCAGGGAGCUCCGAGUCCAAAUGGCGCGAUACGGACGUCCAACAUCUCCGCAUCGUAGUCGUGGAAGUCGUCGUCGUGGAAGAUCACGAAGCAGAAGCAGAGACCGCAGGCGUUCGCGAUCUCGAUCUCGCAGCAGGUCGCGUAGCCGCGACAGAGAUCGCCGGCGCUCUUACAGCCGUAGCCGCAGUCGCUCCCGUUCGGACAGCAAGAGCUCGCGCGGGAAGUCACGUUCGCGCAGCAAGUCUCAGGACAGGCAGAAAGACAGUCGUUCCAAGUCUAGGGACUGAGCUGAUUGAAGAGUGUGCGAGAGGAUAAGAAUGAGUGCGCGCGUAUCCAACGAAUGCCGAAUAAUCUAUGUUGAGAUUGAAAGAAAAAAAAGGUAUUCCAUUACCCUCUAUAGCAACACUCGCACGCUUCUUCACGUUCUUCUAUCAUUUGAAUACAUACAACGUUAAACAGAUCUAUAUAUAUUUGAAUCGAUACUACGUGUUUCGUCAAUUUGGAUACGUGAUUAGUUUCUCUAUAACAUGAAUAUUCCCUUUUUUCUUAUGUGCUUCUCUUUUAUUCACACCGUAUACAUAACUUCGAUAAUUAUCUUUCCUCCUGUUUCGCGAUUAAACAGAUUGAAAUUUGAUUUUUGCUCCGCGUGAUGAUCUAGAUUUGGAUUGUUCUUCAUAUUUCAAUAAGGAAGUCUAGUUGAUAAAUUUUAUGGAAUAAGACUUUAUGUAUUACGUUUCACGAAUCUAUUAACCUAUAUGUAUCAUUUGCUAUAUUUUUCAUCGGCGGAGAUUAAUAUUACAAAAGUGGAAGCAAAGAGAUCCUUACGAUGUUUUAUUCUUCUACUUUCUGAAACUCAUCUAUUUGCCAGUAUAUUAUAGUGUUAUACUGGUGAAACUUGGUACACACUUUCAAAUAAUAUUGACAAACAUUAUUUUUGGAUACAUAUUGUAAGCGACGUGCUCACUUUAUAAGUGAAUCUUUUCAACGAAGAUUCGAAAUCCGAGAAAUCAAUGUAAAAGAAUUGUAUUAUUUAGAUACAAAUUUUGCAACUAAUAUCCGGUAAAAUUAAUAAUCUUUUGCUUUCACUAAUCAAAUGUCAAGAUUGUCGUUUUAUAACAUUGCUACUUUGUCUUAUCAGACAAACAGUUGAUUUAAAAUAAAAUGCAGAAAGUGUAUAAAUUUUUCUGCAACUUUUGAAAAAGGAUAGAUAUUGAUUCGAUAUGUUUAUAAUAAUAUAAUAGUAUUCUACAUGAGAGAUAAAAUAAAGGUAUAAUUUCUGGAAAGUUUAAAUUACAACUUUAUCAAAGAAUGGAAAAAAGAUAAUGUUCCAUAAUUCACAAAUAAUGUUUGUCAACAAUUUCCUUAGGUGUGCGUACUAGGUUCAAGGGCAAUCCUUUUAAUAACUGAAAAUGGAUUCGAAGUUUUAGGUUUGUUUUCACGCACGACAAUACAGUUCUAGAAGUAAGUUUUGCGUUUGAUAGGCAAUCGUUCAUGUAAGUUUGCACAUCGUAGAUUCAUUUGUAAUAAAGCGCAGUGAAUUGCUGAGAAGACAAAA